AUAAGACACUGCAUAGAAACUCUAUGCCUAGUAUUGCAUUCUGUAUCCUAGUAUUGCAUUGUAGGCAUAUCCUAGUAUUGCAUUCUAAGCAUGAAUAUUUUCGAGGAUAACAGCAGAUGACAGAACUUAAAAGAAAACAGUCAAUUUCACCCUAGAGUAAUGUUAUGCAAAAGAUCUGUUACAUUUGUUGCUUGGGAGUGAAAACAUUUUAUUAGCUCUUCCUUUGAUACAUUGAAUGCUGGGACAUGGAUAGGAUAAACAAGACAUUUGUGAAAGAAUUCAUUCUUCUAGGACUCUCUGGUUACCCAAAACUUGAGAUCAUUUUUUUUUCUCUAAUUCUAGUAAUGUAUCUAGUGAUUCUAAUUGGCAAUGGUGUUUUGAUCAUAGCAAGCAUCUUUGAUUCUCGUCUUCACACCCCCAUGUACUUCUUCCUGGGCAACCUGUCUUUCCUGGAUAUCUGCUAUACAUCCUCCUCUGUUCCCUCAACUUUGGUGAGCUUAAUUUCAAAGAAAAGGAACAUUUCCUUCUCUGGAUGUGCAGUGCAGAUGUUCUUUGGGUUUGCAAUGGGGUCAACAGAGUGUUUCCUCCUUGGCAUGAUGGCUUUUGAUCGCUAUGUAGCCAUCUGUAACCCUCUGAGAUACCCCAUCAUCAUGAGCAAGGUGGUGUAUGUACUGAUGGCUUCUGUGUCAUGGCUCUCUGGUGGAAUCAACUCAAUUGUGCAAACAUCUCUUGCCAUGCAGUUGCCUUUCUGUGGGAAUAAUAUUAUCAAUCAUUUCUUAUGUGAGAUAUUAGCUGUCCUUAAGCUAGCUUGUGCUGAUAUAACCCUCAAUUAUGUUACCCUAGCAGUUUCAAAUAUGGCAUUCCUGGUUCUUCCACUGAUAGUCAUUUUUUUCUCCUAUAUGUUCAUCCUUUACACCAUCUUGAGAAUGAACUCAGCCACAGGGAGACGCAAAGCCUUUUCCACCUGUUCAGCACAUCUGACUGUGGUGAUCAUAUUUUAUGGUACCAUCUUCUUCAUGUAUGCCAAACCCAAGUCUCAAGACCACCUUCGGAAUGACAAUUUACAAGCUACAGAGGGGCUUAUUUCCAUGUUUUAUGGGGUAGUGACCCCCAUGCUAAAUCCUAUAAUCUAUAGCUUGAGAAAUAAAGAUGUAAAAGCUGCUGUGAAAUAUUUGCUGAAUUGGAAAACUGUUAACCAAUAA